AUGUCUUACAGUGUGGACCUCUAUGAGAUCCUAUCUCUGCCGUCUACGGGAUCUUCGUCGACAGUCCUCUCCAAACAGCAGAUUAAGAUCGCAUACCACAAAGCCUUGCUGCAACACCACCCUGACAAGGCCAGUGCUAUCGCAAAGGAGACUGUAUUGAAUGGGUCGACGGCUUCGAAAUCUACCUCGAACUCUUUCUCUGCCAGAUCAGAUGGCAAGCCUCCGCGACAAUUAUAUACCAUCGACCAGAUCACCGCCGCCUACAAGACCCUGUCGGACCCCGCCUUACGCGCCGAAUACAACCGCUCCCUCCGCCUAGACAGACUCAAGGUUGCCGAGCGCGAAAAAACUGGCGACGUGUUUCAUACUGGGCUGGAGAUUGUGGAUUUGGAGGAUCUUGCUUGCGACGAGGCAGAAGGCGACGAGGGUGACUGCUGGUAUCGCGGCUGUCGGUGUGGGGACGAGCGUGGAUUUUUGGUCAAUGAGGAAGAUUUGGAGAGGGAGGCUGAGCAUGGCGAGAUCAUUAUCGGGUGUCGUGGGUGCAGUCUCUGGCUGAAGAUUCUGUUCGCUGUUGGGGCGGAUGAGGGAUGA